AAUGGGCGACCCUGAACUAGCUGGCCGCGCACGGGACAGAGCAAGGGUGCUGGCGCCCCCAGAACGUCAGGGACAUACCGUGAGGGAGGGCCCAGCUGCUGGGCCCUAUGGGGCCGGGGUCUGACAUCUGGACAGAGUGGGAAAGCAGCAUCCUGCCCUUGGGGAGUCGGGAGGAGCCCAGUCCCAUCCAGCUGUGCAAACAGGAGGAGGAGGAGGUCCCAAGCCUACCCUAGGGAGAGGGGCAAGAGGGGUGGUCAGGCUGUCGCCGCGCCGGCCCCCGCGGUGCGGGUUGCGCCAGCCUCCUCGGAACCCGACGCAGAAACUUGUUGCAACAAACAGGCGACCGCGGGUGCCCCUAGCAGCCAGCGGCGGAGUGGGUGGGCGGUCGAGAGGGAGGGGAAGGCUGGCGGACGCCGCAGCGAACUGGUGGGCAGACCCGGAGUCGCCGCGUAAGCGGGGCCGGCUCAGUGCGGUGCAGCAGGCGCGGCUGUGCGGCAGCGGAAGUCCUUUGUUGCAGCACAGUCCCUGGCAGAGCCAGAGCCUCUCCGCGCAGCCCAGCCCGAGCGCCGCGCGUCGCCGCCACUGCAGCUCGCGGCCCCUUCGUCUCCGCCCGCCUUUCCUGUGGCUGAUUUGCCUUAAACUCCCUAAAAUUUCCGCAGCCCCGGAUCCUGCUGCGGCCGGUCUCUAAUUAAUAGAAGAUGGCAAAGCCCAGCCACAGCAGCUACGUCCUUCAGCAGCUAAACAACCAAAGGGAAUGGGGUUUUCUCUGUGACUGUUGUAUCGCAAUUGAUGACAUUUACUUUCAAGCACACAAAGCAGUUCUAGCUGCCUGUAGCUCCUAUUUUAGAAUGUUUUUCAUGAACCAUCAGCAUAGUACUGCACAACUGAAUCUCAGCAACAUGAAAAUUAGUGCCGAGUGUUUUGAUCUCAUUUUGCAGUUUAUGUAUUUAGGAAAAAUUAUGACAGCUCCUUCCAGUUUUGAGCAGUUUAAAGUGGCAAUGAACUACCUACAGCUGUACAAUGUUCCUGACUGCUUAGAAGACAUACAAGACGCAGACUGUUCCAGUUCCAAAUGUUCAUCUUCUGCUUCUAGCAAACAGAACAGCAAAAUGAUAUUUGGGGUAAGAAUGUAUGAAGACACUGUGGCCAGAAAUGGCAGUGAAGCCAGUAGGUGGUGUGCAGAGCCAAGUUCAACAGUAAAUACACCACAUAAUAGAGAGCCUGAUGAAGAAUCUUUGCAAUUAGGUAAUUUUCCUGAACCACUAUUUGAUGUGUGUAAAAAGAGUUCUGUGUCCAAAUUAUCAACUCCAAAAGAACGUGUGUCACGACGCUUUGGACGGAGUUUUACCUGUGAUAGUUGUGGAUUUGGCUUUAGCUGUGAAAAAUUAUUAGAUGAGCACGUGCUAACCUGUACUAACAGACAUUCUUACCAAAACACAAGAUCCUAUCACAGAAUUGUGGAUAUCAGAGAUGGAAAAGACAGUAAUAUCAAAACUGAAUUUGGUGAAAAGGAUUCUUCUAAAGCAUUUUGUGCACAGACGGACAAAUACAGAGGAGACACAAGCCAGGCCGCAGAUGAUUCAACUUCAACCACUGGAAGCAGAAAAAGUAGCACAGUGGAGACUGAACUAGCCAGUGAAGAAAAAAGCAGAGCUGCCGAGAGGAAAAGAAUCAUUAUCAAGAUGGAACCGGAAGAUAUUCCUACAGAUGAACUGAAAGACUUUAACAUUAUUAAAGUUACUGAUAAAGACUGUAAUGAGUCCACUGACAAUGAUGAAUUAGAAGACGAACCUGAAGAGCCAUUUUAUAGAUACUAUGUUGAAGAAGAUGUCAGUAUUAAAAAGAGUGGGAGGAAAACUCUAAAACCUCGGAUGUCAAUAAAUGCCGAUGAAAGAGGUGGUCUAGAAAACAUGAGGCCCCCAAACAACAGCAGUCCAGUACAAGAGGAUACAGAAAAUGCAUCUUGUGAGCUGUGUGGGCUUACGAUAACCGAGGAGGACCUGUCGUCUCAUUACUUAGCCAAACACAUCGAAAAUAUCUGUGCAUGUGGCAAGUGUGGACAAAUCCUUGUGAAAGGAAGACAGCUUCAGGAACAUGCCCAGAGGUGUGGAGAGCCCCAAGAUCUGACGAUGAACGGGUUAGGAAAUGCCGAGGAGAAAAUGGACAUGGAAGAGAAUCCUGAUGAGCAGUCUGAAAUAAGGGAUAUGUUUGUUGAGAUGUUGGAUGAUUUUAGGGACAAUCAUUUCCAGAUAAACAGUAUCCAAAAAAAGCAGUUAUUUAAACAUUCUGCCUGUCCUUUUCGAUGUCCUAAUUGUGGCCAGCGUUUUGAAACUGAAAAUCUAGUGGUUGAACAUAUGUCUAGCUGCCUAGACCAAGACAUGUUUAAGAGUGCCAUCAUGGAAGAGAACGAAAGAGAUCACAGACGAAAGCAUUUUUGUAAUCUGUGCGGAAAAGGAUUUUAUCAGCGGUGUCACUUAAGAGAACACUAUACUGUUCAUACUAAGGAAAAGCAGUUUGUUUGUCAGACAUGUGGAAAGCAGUUUUUAAGAGAACGUCAGUUGCGACUGCACAAUGAUAUGCACAAAGGCAUGGCCAGGUAUGUCUGUUCCAUUUGUGAUCAAGGCAACUUCAGAAAACAUGACCAUGUACGGCAUAUGAUUUCUCAUUUAUCUGCUGGUGAGACUAUAUGCCAGGUCUGCUUUCAGAUAUUCCCAAAUAAUGAACAGUUGGAACAGCACAUGGAUGUUCAUCUGUAUACAUGUGGAAUAUGUGGAGCAAAGUUUAAUUUGAGGAAAGAUAUGAGAUCACAUUAUAAUGCCAAGCAUUUGAAAAGAACAUAAGUGAUUUUCUACUGUAUAAUGUUUAGUUGAUAGCAGACAAAACACCAAAGCAAAGGAUAUGAGCUAUUUAGAAAAUGAUUUUAUAAGCUGAAGUGUUGAAAAAAAAUUCCAAGUCCCUUUUAUCUUUAAUAUUUUUGUUUAGGAUAUUAAGUAUCUACAUUUUAGGUGAUAUUAAAUGUCUAUCAUUUUUGUUAUUUCUUAAUAGAAUUCUUUGUUUUUAGUUUGUUUUAGCUAUGAUUAAAAUUACUUUUAAAUGUAGACUGCAAGUGGUUUUUACCCCUUCGAUGACUAUUAAAGUUUAGUUUUCUUAUCAAUAAGGUGAUGACUUCACUAUUUUUAUGUGGGGUUUUUUGUUUUUGUGUUUUUGGUUAAGGUUACCCUCUGAAAUUUAAAACCCGACAUUGGCCAUUUCUGUUUAAGAAAGUUUUUUUAAGUAAAUAGUUAUUUGAAACUCUCAUUAACUCUAGCUUUUUUUUUUUUUUUUUGCAAGUUGAACAGUGAUUUAGCCACUGUUUAUUUCCCUUUCUUAUCGAUGAAAUUCAUAUUCUUAAAUUGACAACUUAUUAGGCAGGUUAGGUGCACUGAAUCUAACCUUGAAGGUUGACAUGGGCUCAGACUUGGCCUAAAAAGAUGGAUGGACCUAAGGAAAUGACUAUAAAUGAAUAUUUCCUAUAAUUGAUAAAAUAUUAUCAUUUAAUAAUCACAUUUAAAACUUAUAUUAAGUGUAAAACCCAAUGACUUUACCCCACUUGAGAAAUUAGUGGGGACAAGUCAUUUUGUUUUGUGAUAUUAAAUUUAACUAUGAUAGUUAAUUAAAAAGGCAUAUCUUGUAUUCAUUUAAAAUAAUUUAAAAUAUUCUGAUUUCUAAAGUGUGUUAGUUUAUCAAUUAUUUUGUUUAUAAAUAGACUUUAAUUGUCUCUAGGAAUAUGACAUCUAAAGGAAAAUGAUUUUUCAUCUUUAAAAUGACAUACUUUUGGAACUUUGAGAUUUGAGAAAGCUGCCAUGUAUAUUGAUAAAUCUAAUAAAAUAAAGAAAUCAAUUACAAA